CAAGUACUGUGACAUUCGAGGAGCCACAACACGACACGCGGAGGCACUGCAUCGCUGGUGCGGCAAAGGAUUCACGUGGAUUACCUUAGCUUUGUGGAUACAUUAAAAAGUGGAUAGUUUGUGGGUGCGCCAGGAUCCUUCUCAGUAGUUCUCGACUGGAAUUUGACAAUCGAAAGUUUGCUGACAUGGCUUUUCAGUGGGCUCUGGUGAUCACGACGCUGGUGGUUGCCCAAGCAGCCAAGCUGGAUAACAAAUACCUGCCCCCACCUGCAAGUGCGGCCAGUGCGGGCGGCAGUCCGGGAGCAGGGCUCCAGGGACCAGGAGGUGGCUUCGGCGGAGGUGGCGGCGGUGGUGGAUUCGGUGGUGGCGGAGCGGGUGGAGGUUAUGGCGGAGGCGGACCGGCUGGUGGCUUUGGGGGCGGUGCCGGUGGAGGUAACAACGGACUGGGCGGCUUCGCAAACGGACGACCCAUUGCUCCUGGCGGUGGCGGUGGCGGUGGAGCACCCGCUCCGCGCCCCAGUCCGUCAGGUGGCGCCCCACCAGCUUCUGGACCUCCCAUUCCGAUUCUCUCAUUUGUCAACGAGAACGACGGCGAUGGCAACUAUCGCUUUAGCUACGAGACCGGUAAUGGCAUCAAGGCCCAGGAGGAGGGCACCGUCAAGAACAAGGGAUCCGAGAACGAAAUCCCCUCCGUGAUGGGCUCGUACUCCUACACAAAUCCCGAGGGCGAACUCGUCGAGAUCAUGUACACGGCGGACGAGAAUGGCUUUGUGCCCUCGGGCAAUGCCCUGCCCACUCCACCGCCCAUUCCGGAAGCUAUAGCCAAAUCUCUGGCUGCCCAGGGCAUCUCCAUACUGCCGGGUGGCGGAUACAGUGGCGGUCCUGGCGGACAUGGAGCAGGUGGCGGCGGAGGUGGUGGUUCGGGAUAUGGCGGCGGAUCAGGAUUCGGAGGCGGUGGCGCAGGAGGCGCACCCGGUGGAGGCGGAGGUGGAGCAGGUGGUGGCGGCGGAUACGGACCAGGAGGCGGCGGUGGUCGCGGUGGAGCCCCAGGAGGUCCAGGUGCGCCGGGUGGAGGCGGAUUUGGAGGUCAAGGAGGCGGUGGUGGCUAUGGAGGAGCAGGUGGCGGCGGCGGUCGUGGUGGUGCUCCAGGCGGUCCUGGAUCACCAGGUGGCCAAGGAGGUGCUGGCGGCGGCUAUGGCGGCGGUGGCGGCGGCGGCGGAGGUCGCGGUAGUGGUGGAGCACCUGGAGCUCCCGGAUCACCUGGCGGAGCAGGUUUCGGAGGUCACGGUGGCGCUGGAGGAUUCGGUGGUGGCGGCGGACGCGGCGGUGCUCCUGGUGCUCCCGGAUCACCAGGCGGAGGCGGAUAUGGUGGCCAGGGAGGUGCUGGCGGCGGCUAUGGAGGCGGCGGCGGUCGCGGUGGUGGUGGAGCACCAGGUGCGCCAGGCGCUCCAGGAGCACCAGGAGGUGGCGGUUUCGGAGGUCAAGGUGGUGGUGGCGGAUACGGAGGAGGCGCCGGUCGCGGCGGUGCUCCAGGAGCUCCAGGAUCGCCUGGAGGGGCAGGAUUUGGUGGUCAAGGUGGUGGAGGCGGUUACGGAGGAGGCGCCGGUCGCGGUGGUGCUCCAGGAGCUCCGGGUGGUGGCGGCUUUGGCGCAGGCGGUGGUCGCGGUGGUGCUGGUGGUGCUGGUGGUGCCGGCGGUGCUGGUGGAGCUGGAGGAGCCCCCGGAUCUCCGGGCGGACCAGGUUAUGGCGGAGGUGCUGGCGGCCCAGGAGGCGCCGGUGGACGACCAGGCGGCCCAGGACUGCCCGGCAAUCAGUACGUUCCGCCAGCAGCUGGAGGCGGAGCACCCGGCAGACCAGGAUCAGGAGGAGCACCCGGCACGGGAUCGCAGUACAUUCCACCUGCUCCGGGAACGCCGGGCGGAGGUCGUGGAAACGGAGAGUUCAAUCCUCAGACGGGCUAUAGCUAUUAAUGCCACAAUAAAUCCCGAAGCGCCAAUCAAAUCUCUCAUUUCCGUGCAGGCUGCCCCAAUGUUCUUUCACUAAAAAAACAAUUAAUUUAUUUAUAUAAGCUGACCUCCCUUUUCUUACCCGACAAUGUGUGUGUGCAACUAUCGAAAUAAAUGAUUAUUGUAAAAUAUGUUUGCAAAAUAUUACUGCGGAAAUUGA